GACGCAGGACGUAAAGCUUGACAUCAUUUCUCCUCAGCCCCAUGCAGCAACAAGGAGGUCUGCCUGUUAGUCACACGCAUCCGACCUGAGGCGGAAAAGGAUGUUUUGGCAGCAGUGACAUUCUUAAAAUCCAUUGUGAACUGAAACAUGGGCAGAGACGCCUACAGCUGAACUAACAGGAAAUGAAGCUGACGCAUCUCAGACUUUUUUCCUUUGUCGUAUUGAGCAUUGUGAAACGAUGUGUCUGUCUCCUCUUGAAGUGUGUUCCACCUAGUUUCUUUCACUAAGUGCUCUGACUAGCUGUGGCCUUGUGCUUUUGGUUUACAAAUUACAGACUGGACAGAAAAAACAAGCACAAAAUGGACGAUCCAUGAUCCUUCUUAGACGCCAUUUUCUAUUGUAAAGCAAAUUGACAUAGACCAUAAAACCACAACCCAUUUGGCCAGAACAGUCAAGCCAGAAGUCAACUCCUGCUGUUAAGGUAUUUCCUUGAAAUCAUAUGCUGAGCUUUUCCUCUGGAAAAUCCACCCAAACUUUAAUCUGCCCUAACCAUGAUUUUAAGAAGAAAACUGUACUUAUGCGCUCUGUUAGGAGCUAUUUUGUUUUUAAUGAUAGCUGCUCACACCAUUCAGAAGACCAGUGUUGUGCCAAUUGCAAUAAUACCCACUCAAAGCACUGUCAGGAUACAGACGAAGAACCAGACACAGUCCCAACCUGUUACGGAGCCAAGGCGAGGUCAUUUCUGUAGCUGUCCAUCUUGUGUAGCAGACACAGGUGUGUCUGAGUGGUUUGACCAACGCUACAAUCACAACCAGCAACCUUACCUCACCGGCAAGGAAAAUGACAUAGAUCCGCUCUCUCUAAAGUGGUGGCUGUCUUUGCAGUCAUCUGACGGGACUAUCAAGGAUGUCACCCAGAAGAUGUUUAAGAUCAUCUCUCCCCCACCUGUGGAUGAGACUCCUCGGCAAAACCAGUGCCAGAAAUGUGCAGUUGUUGGAAACUCUGGGAAUCUGUUGAAGUCCAAAUAUGGAGCCUUGAUAGAUUCCCAUACAACUGUUUUUCGAAUGAAUAAAGCCAUAACUAUUGGUUAUGAGGUUGAUGUGGGUAACAGGACCACACACCACUUCAUGUACCCAGAGAGCGCAACCGAUCUCGGCCCUGCAGUCCAUCUUAUCCUUCUUCCUUUCAAACUGCGAGACUUGCAGUGGUUGACCAGUGCCCUUUCCACGGGAGAGAUCAAAAUGACGUACAUGAGAGUAAAAAAUCGUGUACAAGCUGAUAAAGACAAGGUGAUAGUUGUAAAUCCAGCCUUCUUUAAGUACACACAUGACAGGUGGACAGAGCAUCAUGGAAGAUACCCGUCCACUGGGAUAGUAGCUAUUAUAUUUGCUCUGCACCUCUGUGACGAGGUUUCAGUGUUUGGAUAUGGGGUGGACCAGCAAGGAAACUGGCACCACUACUGGGAGAAAAACAGAUAUGCUGGUGCGUUUCGCAAGACAGGCGUCCACAACGCAGAUUUCGAGGCUGAGAUAAUCCAAAGGCUCAGCAAAGAGGGCAAAAUUAAACUGUACAGAUGAGCCUAUAAUAGUGGCCUUUAUUGACUAAGUAGUACUGAAAGCCAUAAAAAUGUUGGGCCAGGACAUGCAGCAGCUGUAUGCAAGCCAAAGAGAAGCAGAUCUUUGAUCCACCCUACCAUUAAUUGACCACUGUGAACUGCACUGAACCAAACCCACAGACAUCAAGCUGUAUUCUCAAGACCAAAUGAACUCCUCCUGUCCUCUAACAGCAUUUUCUUGCUAUGUCAAGUCAUUUUUAUUUGUAUUGAAGACUUAAAGUGAUCAUUGUGUAGUUUGAUUAAAUAUGAUUAUAAAUUGUGUAUAAAAAUUGAAUAAUUAAAUAAUAAUUGCAUUUAGAACCCCUGUGAGCAAACUGUAGGUGACUGUGGCAAGGAACACAAAAUUCCAUAAGAUGUUGGUUAAUGGAGAAAAAUAAUCUUGGGAGAAACCAGGCUCACUGUGGGGGUCAGUUCCCCUCUGGCUAACAUCAUGAAUAUAAUGCCAAUAUUAGUUAUUUAUGUGCAGUGCAGGUCAUGGUUUAAGAUUAGUAAACUAAGUAAGUGUUAAGGUCCAGUGUUUAAAAAAAUAUUUUUUUAUGAACUGUAAGAUUAAUGACUAAUGUCUUUGAAGUUCAUCCUGGAUAAACUGCAGAAGGUCACAUAGAUGCAUUGUCCUUUGUUAGUUGGCUGAUGAAGGCUUUUGUUGGCAGGUAAAUAAUAGUCUGUGUAUUCCAUUUCAAGAGUGUAGUCCAUCAAUAGACAAAGGUGAUGCAGGCAGAGAUCAGUGAGGUGCAUCGCAGUUCAACCGGCAGGCCAUUUCAGUGAAGUUCGGUGGGGUCCAUCCAAAGUCCAAGGUUCAGGCAGUGGCAUAUGAAUUAUCCAAUCUCUUACAGUUGGAGUUGGCAUCAGUUCAUCCUCUGAAGUCCAUCGUAAAAGACUGAAGUGAUCCUCGGGAUAUGAAUGGAAACAAAUAGACAUGGAAACAAACAGAGUAAUAUUAGCGUAAAUGUCAUUCAAUUUUAUGCAGAGUUAUAGAUCAUGAUAGAUGUUUUUGGUUCCGGCAGACCUAACUAAAGCAGCCUAAUUGUGAGUUGAUGGAUAAAUUAGGUGUAUGCCUGGUUAAAUAGAUGAUUCUUUAGUCUAGACUUAAACUGAGUGAGUGUGUCUGCAUCCUGAACAGUGUUAGGGAGACUAUUCCAUAGCUUAGGAGCCAAAUAGGAAAAGGAUCUACCUCCUUUUGUGGAUUUUGAUAUUCUAGGAAUUUUAACAAGCCAGAAUUUUGUGAUCAUAAUGAACGUGAUGGAAUAUAGCAUGUCAGAAGGUCACUUAAGUACUGUGGAGCUAGAUCAUUCAAAGCUUUGUAUGAAGUUAACAGAAUUUUUAAAUUAAUACAAAAUUUAACAGGUAGCCAAUGUAAUGACAAUAAAAUGGGGCUAAUAUGAUCAUAUUUCUUGGCACUCUGGUAGCUGCAUUUUGAACCAAUUGAAGUUUAUUUAUUGAACUUGCUGGACAUCCUCCCAGUAAUGUAUUGCAAUAAUCUAGUCUUGAGGUCAUGAAUGCAUGAAUUCAUUUUUCGGCAUCAGCAACAGAGAGCAUGUAUCGUAACUUAGCAAUAUUUCUGAGGUGAAAGAAUGCUGUUCUACAAACAUGGGAAAUUUGAUUUUCAAAGGACAGAUUGGUAUUAUAACACACAAGUUCUUCGUUGUAGAAGACGACGUAACAGUACAUCCAGCGAGAGUCAAAUUAUAUUUUAGAGGCUAAUUUUUAGAGGUUUUUGGUCCAAUAAGAGGUUUUUGGGCCAAUAAUUAUUACCUCUGUUUUGUCGAAAUUGAGUAGAAGGACAUUUUUUGAUUUCAUUGAUACACUCUGCUGAUUUGGAGAAUUGUGAAUUUUUGUUGUGUUUAGAAGAAAUAUAAAGUUGGGAAUCGUCUGCAUAACAGUGGAAACUUAUUCCAUGAUUCCUGAUUAUAUCUCCCAGGGGAAGCAUGUAUAAGGAGAAAAGCAGAGGCCCUAAAACUGAUCCCUGUGGCACUUCAUACUUAACUUUUGUUUGAUUUGACAGUUCCUUGUUUAUGCAUACAAAGUGGGAGCGGUCUGAUAAAUAGGACCUAAACCAUGCUAAUGCAAGUCCACUAAUGGCAACAUAAUUCUCCAGCCUAUUCAAGAUAAUGUCUUGAUCUAUCGUGUCGAAGGCAGCACUAAGAUCUAAAAGCACUAGAAGAGAAAUGCAGCUGUGAUCAGAUGAUAAGAGCAAGUCAUUUGUAACUCUGAUAAGUGCAGUCUCUGUACUGUGAUUGGGCCUAAAUCCUGACUGAAAUUGUUCAUAUAUACCAUUUCUCUGUAGAAAUGAACACAGUUGGGAGGACACUACCUUUUGUAGUAUUUUCAACAUAAAUGGUAGAUUUGAAAUCAGUCUGUAAUUAGCCAAUUCUCCAGGAUCAAGCUGUGGCUUCUUAAUAAGUGGUUUGAUAACUACCAUUUUAACGUUUCUUGGGACAUGUGGAUAGUGAGGAGUUAAUAAUAUUAAGAAAGGUUCUGAGAUUACAGGGAAUACCUCUUUUAAGAGCUUAGUUGGUAUUGGAUCUAACAUACACGUUGUGGCUUUUGAUGUUUUGAUAAGUUUUCUUAGCUCUUCAUGACCUAUGACAGCAAAAGAUUGAAGUUGCUCGUGAGGAAAAUUAUGAGACACUGUUUUCUGAGGUGCUGUGACGAUUGCAUAGUUCCAAUUUUAUUUCUGAUUAUUUAAAUUUUAUCAGUAAAUAAAUUCAUGAAGUCAUAACUAUUGUGCUGCAACUGAAUAUCUGGUUCAGUUGAUGCUUUAUUCCGAACAAAUUUAGCCACAGUACUGAAUAAACACCUAGGAUUGUUGUGGUAAUUUUCUAUGAGUUUGCUCAAAUAAGCUGACCUGACCUGACAGUUUUUAGUGCCUGUUCUAUGCACCACGAAAUACCUCUAAUUUUGUAUUCUUCCACUUGCACUCCAUUUUCUGAGCUGCUCUCUUGAGAGCAUGAGUGUGAUCAUUGUACCAUGGUGCAAGGCUUUUUUCUUGAAUUUUCUUUAAUCGGAGGGGGUUUCACUAUCAAGAGUGCUAGAGAAGACUGUAUUUAUAUUUUAUGUUAUUACAUCAAGUUCUUCUAGACUUUUUGGCUUACUGAGUAUAUGAGACAAUUCUGGAAGAUUAUUAGUGAAGCUAUUUUUAGUGGUCGAAAGAAUAGUUCUACCUGAAUGACAGCAUGGUGUAGAUUGAGUGUAGAUUGAGUCCAUAUGCUAUGUGCCUGAACUAAAACCACAUUAUGGUGUGGAUGCCUUCCUCCCCAACCGGGCAUUGAACAUUGAAGGAAGCAAACACUAAGCAGAUCAGCUUGAUCUAUUUUUAAGUCAACAUGAAACAACAGUUUUGUCUUCUGUAAAGUGAGAGAAAAAGUAAGGUGGGACUUCAUUUUAUCCAUUGGUAAUUUGAUUAGAUUGUGAAAAGUGGGUGACCCAUACCAGAAUUGAAAAUAAGAGGGCUUGGUGAUUUCAGCUGCAAAGGAAAUUAUUUUUUAGAGGCAGGGCAAGACCCGUUUUAAGACCAGGAACAUGCAUUAAGAAAGUAAAUAGGGUAAAUUUUGAUUUCAUGCACUGUAAAAAAAUAAACUGCAUUUCAUCCAGAUUAUUGGGGGCUUUUGAGUUGCUGAUACUAUGAAAUGUGAAUUACUUUGCAUCUACAUAAAAACACAUGUUAGACCAACAAUAUUCCCCCAAAUGUUGUCCCAACUAGCCUAACAGAGUUAUUUGAACAAACAAUUUCAUAUUGAACAAUGUUGAUAAUUUGUGAUUUCCCAGCAUGUGUAACGGUAGUCAGCUGGUACGUGAUAGCUGUACAGUGUGUAAACCUCACUCUCCUGGCCUUAAGAGGCAUGCUAGUGACCGAGGCUAAAGCCAUGGCUUUUCUAGCCUCCUUGCUAGCACGUCCAACUCCCAUGCCGGCGAUCACCGGUUCAAAUCCUGUGGGUCAAGUAGGACUGGUGACACAUGCAUUGCAACAUGAAUCAUUUAUGCGGUUAGUGUUUAGCCUUAUUUUUUGCUGUUUGUUGAAUAUUUUUGGUGUUGUUGUUUUUUGUUGCCACUGUUAGUAAGUUGUUGUGUGGUGAUGUAAGGAGCUAGUCUUUUAACUUAAUGAGGUUUGUUGAUUGUCACCAUUACUGCGGUUUACUAACAUUUAAUUAAAAUGGAAAGUUGCAAUACAUUUACUACAUCGAUUUUUGAAGGACCAUUGUCACCUUCAAGUUCUGUCCUCCUAUUAAUACAUACUGGCAUUGAAAUCACUCAGUGCACCCAAAAAACAUGCUGGAAGAUGUAUUUUUGUUGUAUAGGACUGUGAUACUGAUUUGUGUUUGAUUUACACAUUCUAGAUUUCACAUUUUAAUACACAUUCUUCAUUGCAGUGGAGACUUUUUUAUGGGAGCAUUAUUAGUGUAUGUGAUAUGUGUUUAAUAUGUACCUUUAGACCAAAGCUGUCCCUAGAGUGAGGCAUCUGGUCUUUGUGGCCUUGAAAUGACCCAGUGGCACUCGCCCAACAACAGACUUUGUUGUAAUUUAUAGUUUUGAAUAUAGCAAAUGCUGCAUUUUCAUACAUCUUUGAUUUACUGUAAUUUCUUUCAUUCUAUGGCCCUGAAUUAUGAUUGAUCUCUGUAUUUUUAUAGUUGAAAUUACUGGUGGUAAAUGUUCUGUGUUUUUUUUCCCUUUUCUAUCUAAGUUUGUAUUAUUGUAAACUUUUAUAAGGACUGUGACAAGGCUAAAAUUUGAGCUGUAAUUUUGAUGAUGUUUGUUGCUAUAGUGUUAGAGUACAUGUGCAGAGCUGUGGUUUGCUCAGUCAUUUUAUGUCCUUGAAUGUAUUUUGGCUUCGCAUGUAUUGCUUCUUUUCAAUCAAUGGCGUUCAUAGUGUUUUUAGGGAUUUUGCAUUGAGAGGUGAGAUAAUCAGACAAUACAAAAAUACUAUGAAAGUAUCAACACUAAAGAAUCAUCACUUUAGUGUGAAAAUCCGGUCAUGAAUAUGAAAGAAAAAACUGACAUGGAGGUGUUUUAAUUCUCUAUUUAGAAACAGAACCAAAGCAUAAACAAUAAAAAUUUAAUAAUUACAUUUAAAAGUCAUAGAUUAGCGUAUCCAGGACAUUAUUCAAAAUAAAAAAUGUUUGAUAUUUGUUGCAUAAAUAAAAAAUACAGAAAAACAUGAUUUUAAUUGAUAUACAAUAUCUCACAAUACUUAAAUGUGCAUUAAAGCUCAUCACAAACCUUUUUAUAAAAAUAAAAAAAACAAUGCAAAAGCUAAAACAUCACAUUUUCAACUAUGAAAACAUGAAGGUAUGUAUAUGGUCCUCUAAUGCAAGUAGAAAAAUAGAUCACCACUUAAAAUGGACUUACUUGGAUUUUUUAUUUAGGAGUCCAGAACACUGAGCAAUAACGUUCAACUAAAGUUGUGGCCAAAUGACUUUAGUAUUGUUUUGUUUACAUCUUACAAACUCAACAUGUGACCGUAGUUUUCAUAUUCCCUGGACUUCAUAUGAUUUGAGAAAUUCUGCCUUCUGACACAACAAACUGAGUAGUUAUCUGUUCUUUAAGCACUUUAAGAAAGGUAAAGUAUACAUUUUCAAUGUCCAGCUGAAUGUUUAUCCCAUUGUAAUGGCCAAAUUGUGUGGCAUGCACAUCUUUGUAAGCUUCUAUGUUCAUGGUGCUUUGUGAGAACCUGUGGUCUGUCUUCAAUAAACCACUUUCUUCA